AUGUCCAACAGUAGCUUCCUGAAUGAGUUCCUCCUACUACCAUUUACAGACACGUGGGAGCUGCAGCUCUUGCACUUCUCCCUCUUCCUGGGCAUCUACCUGGCUGCCCUCCUGGGCAACAGCCUCAUCAUCACAGCCAUAGCCUGCGACCACCACUUGCACACUCCCAUGUACUUCUUCCUCCUCAAUCUCUCCCUCGUUGACAUCAGCUCCAUCUCCACCACUGUCCCCAAAUCUAUGGCCAAUUCCCUCUGGAACACCAGGGCCAUGUCUUACUCUGGAUGUGCAGCUCAGGUCUUCUUGUUUGUAUUUUCAGUUGAAGUGGAGUGUUCUCUUCUUACAAUCAUGGCCUAUGACCGCUUUGUUGCUGUCUGCAGACCCCUGCACUACUGGACCAUCAUGGACAGCAGAGCUUGUGUCAGAAUGGCAGCAGCUGCCUGGGCCAGUGGAUUUAUCAAUGCUCUCCUGCACACUAGAAAUGUUUUUUCAAUACCUCUCUGCAAAGGCAACACAGUGGACCAGUUCUUCUGUGAAAUCCCCCAGAUCCUCAAGCUUUCCUGCUCAGAAUCAUACCUCAGGGAAGUUGGGCUUAUUGUGGUUACUGCCAGCUUAAUCUUUGGAUGUUUCAUUUUCAUUGUACUGUCCUACGUGCAGAUCUUCAGGGCUGUGCUGAGGAUCCCCUCUGAGCAGGGUCGACACAAAGCCCUUUCCAUGUGCCUCCCACACCUGGCUGUGGUCUCCCUGUACAUCAGCACUGGCAUAUUUGCCUAUCUGAAGCCCUCCUCUGUCUUCUCCCCAUCUCUGGAUCUAGUGCUGGCUGUUCUGUACUCAGUGGUGCCUCCAAUGCUCAACCCAGUCAUCUACAGCAUGAGGAACAAGGAGCUCAGAGAUGCACUGAACAAACUGAUUCAGCUGGUCCUAGUUCAGAAGAAGUAA